AUGACUGAAAGUGACAGUAUAACAGAUGUGGUUAAUAUCAGUCCCAGUGUUUUGGAGCUAUCAGAGUUACUGGAGAAACAAAAUAAGGUACUGUCAGCAUUGCUUGCUGAAUUGGAGACCUGUAAAUCGGAAGUGCUUAUCCUUCGAAACAGAAGUUGCCAGCAAAUCAUCGGUAAUGAUAUGCAAGAUAAGGAGCAAGCAUCUGCAGUGAAUUUUCUCAAAGAAGUUUCGAACAUUGGAGAAGUGUUACCUGAUGGAAGUGAGAAAUCAUUAAUAUUAAAAGAUUUUUUGGAGGAGAUAAAAAUGGCAUGCCUCAAAGCAGAGAAUUUGUCACAAGAACUGGAAGUUAAAAAAACAGAAUUAUCCCAUGCAAUUGAGACGGAUUCAUUAAAACAGAUUCACAUUGACCAAUUGAAUGAACUUAUGGAAAAAGAACGUGAAACAAGAAAUAAUGAAUUUUCAAAGCUAAAUGAUCUUUUGAUUGAUAAAACGCGAGAAUGUGAUAGCUUGAAUGCAGAAAAUAAUACUAUGAAGGCACAAUUGAAAAUGCUGAAGGAUUCGAUUGCUGCUAAAGAAAAGCUUGUAAAUGAUCUUACGAAAGCUACUGCACAAGAAUUGGCAAAGCGAGAUGAAGAAGAUAAAGUACUUUCAACAAGACUAUCUGUUUUAGCCGAUGAAAAUAUGACAUUACGCACUUCGCUUAUUGCCUUGGGUGCAAAUGAAUUAUCACCACAAUCGAAAAAGCUUCUGGAGCAGCAACAGGAUUUCAUAGAAACGUUGAAAUCUGAAUGUGAAAUUCUGAUGAAUCGUUUAGUGAAAGAACGAAAUGAACACAGGAAGGAUCGGAAACAACUAAGACGUCAAAUACGUACUCUCACUGCACGCAUUGAAUGCCUUAUAUCUGGAAAACAGGAAAUAAUUGAUGCGUAA